GCCGUGAGCGCGGUGCGGAAAGGCGCGCGGCUGGCCGUGCUGUGGUCCGGGCCGGGGUAAGGCCGGCCGAAGCCGGGUGCUGCCGGCUGUGCUUGCGUAUCCGAAACCCGGCGGGUUCCGAUGAAAGCAGAGAUGAAGGUCGGCUGCCUUUCCUUCCGCCAGCCCUACGCCGGGCUGGUUUUAAACCAAGUCAAGACCAUAGAGACUCGCUGGCGGCCGCUGCUCGCCAAGUACCGGAACCGCACCGUGGCCGUUCAUAUCGCCGUUAAGGACUGGGAGGAUGAGUCGUGGAGGGCGAUUCUUUUGGAUAGGCUGGGAAUGACGCUGCAGGAGGUGCAAGAGCUGCUGGAUAAAGGGGAGCAAUUCGGCAGAGGAGUUAUCGCAGGAUUAGUUGACAUUGGAGAGACAUCCCUGUAUCCAGAUGAUUUACCUCCUGAAAAGAUUUUGGAGCUGGAAAACAAAGCUGUUCUCAGUAAUCUAGAACAGAAAUACUUGACUGUUGUUUCAAAUCCAAGAUGGCUUCUGGAACCAAUCCCUGCAAAAGGGAGCAGAGGAGUGUGGCAGGUCAACAUCCCUGAUGAACUGAUCCCUUCAGAAUCAUAGGAGUUGGCCCAAACUGCAUCUUCUUCUGCCUAAAUGCAAACUUCUUGACAGAUCACCUGCUUAAAAUACCAGUGAAUUGAACAGUAUUCCCUCCAGAAGUAAUUGCUUGAAGAAUUACUAUUUUGAAGGGAGAUAAUGAAGAUCCCCUUUUUUAUGAUCAUUACUGAAAAUGAGUGAUGUUUUACUAGAAGUUUUAUGUACAUAUAAGUGUAAAUAAAUCCUAAUUUUAUAGUGCA